AUGGCGCGCACAGACACUCUGGGUAGUCUGUCGCCGUAUGAAAUUGUCAUGGGACGUCCGUUCCCCCUCCCAUGGCGUCAGAAAACGGCUCUGGGGGGAACGGCGGACUUGGAUGUGCGUCGCAGCGAGUACACCGCAGGGUUGUUAACUGUUCUGAAUGAAUACUGGGAGAGGGUCAACCAAACCAUCACAGACCCUCCCAAGGCCCCAACCCAUGCUUUUAAGCCAGGCGAUCAGUAUGCUAACUGGACAGCCAAGCAGUACACCAAUGACUUCUGCUACGUGUGUCACCUGAUGCCCUCCAGUGUGAACAAGCACUCCAUGGUCACGGCCCCUCUGGCUCUCUCUGCUACUCUGCAGGCGAUGCCUCAUGGAAAGGGUCUACGCGCUGGCCUCUGCGAUGCGACCCCCGCGGCCCGUAUACCAGCCUCUCAUCUCCAGCACCAACCAUAUGAUGCUGGAUCAUAUCGGUGUGGAGAGGCUGGAGCGUGGAGUCAUGAUGUGAACCUGGAAGUGAAAACAGAUCCGUGUUGUUCGGGGUCAAACACUGUGUCUGGAUAUCUGGGAGAGACGGUCACCAUCAGCUGUUCAUAUCCAGAGGAGUUUAAAUCAAACUAUCAGUACUUGUUCAAACAGGAUGGUGAAGGUUUUACUGAAGUGAACCGAACCUCAGAGACUCAGAGAGGCAGAUUCUCCUUCUCUGAUGACAGAAGCUCUGCAGUUCUCAGAGUGAGGAUCAGUGAUGUGAGAGAAGCUGAUGGAGGAGUUUAUUACUGUGGAGUGUGGAGAGAAGGAGAGUCAGUCAGUUAUUACUCCCUCUACACAGAGACUCAGCUACAGGUCACCGCAAAAGAAACAUCACCUACUCCAAAACAACCACCAACAGUGGGACCGAGCUCAGCAGCAUCACCAACAGGAACCACAUCUGAUGAACAUUUCACUUCAGGUUCCCCUGUGAUCAUCAUCACUGUGUGUGUCUGUGUGGCUCUGCUGCUGAUUGGAGGAUCAGCACUGAUCUAUAAACUGAGACGCGACAAGCAACAAGGUUCCUCCUCCAUCAGCAGAAGAUCAGGAACAACUAACACAGCUGAUUCUGAUUAUGAAAAUGAUCCACCUGGGAACCAGAACAACAUCAACAUCGGUCCAGUCUACGAAAACCCGAAACCCAACACCAACCAAUCAGAUUCAGUCUACCAGAAUCCGUGUUGUUUGGGGUCAAACACUGUGUCUGGUUAUCUGGGAGAGACGGUCACCAUCAGCUGUUCAUAUCCAGAGGAGUUUAAAACAAACUAUCAGUACUUGUUCAAACAGGAUGGAGAAGGUUUUACUGAAGUGAACCGAACCUCAGAGACUCAGAGAGGCAGAUUCUCCUUCUCUGAUGACAGAAGAUCUGCAGUUCUCAGAGUGAGGAUCAGUGAUGUGAGAGAAGCUGAUGGAGGAGUUUAUUACUGUGGAGUGUGGACUGGAGGAGAGUCAGUCAGUUAUUACUCCCUCUACACAGAGACUCAGCUACAGGUCACUGCUCCAGGUUCCUCUGUGAUCAUCAUCCCUGUGUGUGUCUGUGUGGCUCUGCUGCUGAUUGGAGGUUCAGCACUGAUCUACUACAAACUGAGAUGCACCAAGACACAAGGCUCCAUCUCUUCAUCUAACGUGGCAAAGAUGGGAAGUAACAAUAGAAUUCCUCCUCACUCUGCAUGCGACUAUGAGGAGAUUAGAGACCCCAGACCCAAUGCAGACACCGGAGCUACUCCACUUUCUGUGGAACUACCCUCUGAUCCUCCAAACGCUGUGACGGUCACUGAACAGCAACCGUCUAACUCCCCUGUCCAGCACAUCUACAGCGAAGUUGAUCUCCCCACUGAAGCCCACACAUACGCCACGGUUUGUAUCCAGAAUGAAGAUUCUCAUACCGAUGCCACUGUCGCCUUCCAUACAGGGAAUUCUGCUACUAUGUAUGCCACUGUCAAACCACCCACAGCUGGAAUGACCAUAAACAAGCCUUAAAUCUAUAAUUUAGUUCUUUGUUUGAUGCUUUAAAUGUUGCUGUAACUGGUGUGACUGUAAAGGUUCUGUAUAUCAUUGGUACCCGCAACAGUGCAAAAGAGUGGAAAUGCUUAACUCACCAUGUCGCUCUGCCUGGUUCACUCCCACUCCUUAUUCAGCAGCUGCUUAGACUCCUCUUUUUAUUUUAGGACUCUGCUGUCCUGUAGACAUCAUUGUUUAACUCUUUCAUAUUAGCCAUAAAAUGCAAUGUGUUUUUGUCUUUUUCAGUGUUUUUUUUAAUAGCUCUUGUUUAGGUCUUUUAAAAUUAAGUUGAAAGAUUUUGAUUUAUGAGUUAAAUUUUAAAAUAGUAAUAAAAAGUCAUCAAAAAAUGCUGCCCUAUGUUUUCAUGUCAUUACCAAAACGCAGUUUUAGUCCAUGGGUGGGGCUUAUUUUACACCACGCCUCUGUAUUUUAGUGCAAGAAGUGAGGCUGCAUGGUGAACAGUUAGAUCCCAUUGUUUUGAAGUAAAUGUGUCCCAAAGUCUGUUGCAAUUGAGUAUUUUUUUUUUUUCAUGAAAAAUCUGAUGAUUUUAUGUGUGCACAACUGUUUAAAGCUCUGUUUGCUAGGACCGGUUAGUGUAUUUAAGUUUUCACUACUGAAACAGUUUCUGAUUGUUUUGUUAGUGGCAAUAUGGAGUGUCCAUUCAUUUGUUUCAAUAAAAUAAACAUAAUUAAAGCAUGAAGUACAAUAUAAUACAGA